AUGACCGGUCGCGGUAAAGGAGGAAAGGGUCUGGGAAAAGGUGGAGCCAAGCGUCACAGGAAAGUGCUCCGUGAUAACAUCCAGGGCAUCACCAAACCGGCCAUACGUCGUCUGGCAAGAAGAGGAGGCGUCAAACGUAUCUCCGGUCUGAUAUACGAAGAGACCAGAGGCGUACUCAAAGUGUUCCUCGAGAACGUCAUCCGCGACGCGGUAACGUACACCGAGCACGCUAAGAGGAAGACCGUCACAGCCAUGGACGUCGUGUACGCCCUUAAGCGUCAGGGACGCACCCUCUACGAUACCGCAGUUGCAUCUGAAACACCGGCUCCGGCUACGCCUGCGAAGAAACCGAAAGCGUCAGCGGCCGCCGCCGCCGCUGCGGCCGGCUCGAAGAAACCUAAGGCUAAACCUACUCAUCCCAAGACAGCUGAAAUGGUAAACAACGCCAUCAAAGAGUUGAAGGAGCGCAGCGGUUCAUCGUUACAGGCUAUCAAGAAAUACAUCGCCGCUCAAUAUAAGGUCGAUACGGAGAAAUUGGCACCGUUCAUAAGAAAAUAUCUCAAGAGCGCCGUCGAGUCCGGUGCCCUGAUACAGACCAAGGGGAAGGGUGCUUCCGGUUCAUUCAAAUUGGAAUCUAAAUCAUCAGCAGCCAAGAAACCGUCGUCGGGUGGUGGUGGUGGUGGUGGUGGUGGUAAGGCAAGUGGUGGUUCCGCCGGAACCGGUAGGGCUGCAGCUUCGUCGGCAUCCGUUAAAUCUAAGAAAGCCGCCGCAACGGCAUCGGCGGUGGCAGCGAAGGGAGGUAAGAAAGGCGGUUCCGUAGCUUCGUCGGCUGCAUCUUCGCCGUCCAAAGCUAAAGCAUCGGCGGCAGCGGCCAGGGAUAAGAAAGCGGCCGCAGCCGCAGCAGCAGCUGCCAAAAAGAAGCCGGCCGCCGCUAAGAAAGGUUCCGCAGCCGCGAACGCCUCUGCCGCAUCCUCCGCGACAGCUUCUAAGGCGAAAGGUGCAGCAUCCAAGGCCAAGAAGAGCGCCAAACCUCCCACUAAGAAACCUAAAGCCCCGAAACCGAAGAAAGCAUCCGCCGGUACCCCGAAAUCGAAACCCGCAGCUAAGAAAGCAGCAGCAGCAGCGAAAAAAGUAAUAAUUUUUGUAUUGCUUUAUCUAUCGCGACGGCGGCAGCAUCGGCACCGUGAGUGGUGA